UUCGUGUCGGAUCAAAUAUAAUUUAUCGGGUUAUCGGAUCCAUUAUCAGUACUGAGAACGAGUGAGAAUCCCACCCCUUCUCUCUCUCUCUCUCUCUCUCUCUCUCUCUCUCUUUUUACCCUUUUUGCUUCCUCUUACACCCAUGAAGAAGAGGCUACUCCUCUCUCCUACCACCUUCAUCGACCAUACUCCGUACAUAAUACGCUUGCUCCGAGAUUCGUGCGACAUCGUCUCCGUAUCGUCCGCUCACUCCACCCUCCUCAAAUCGGGCGCUUCCUCUCGUCUCUCCACGUCCAACCACCUCAUCAACGCGUACGUGCGAUGCCGAAGCGCCCCCAACGCACGCAAGGUGCUCGACGAAAUGCCCGAGACGAACGUGGUCUCCUGGACCUCGCUAAUGGCGGGCUGCGUCGACGCCGAGCGAUCCUGCGAAGCCGCUGCGCUCUUUGUCGCGAUGGGUCGCCGGGGAAUCCCCGCAAACUCCUUCACCUUCGCUACCGCGGUCAAUGCGUGCUCGCGCCUCGCCGACCUCGCAAUGGGUAGAAUCCUCCACGCGCGUGUUGAGAUCGUUGGGCUCAAUUCGGAUAUCGUGAUUAGUACCGCGCUGAUCGAUAUGUACGGCAAAUCUAAUUCUCUUGGAGACGCGCGCGUAGUGUUUGAUAGAAUGAGUGAGAGGAAUGUGGUUUCUUGGGGCUCGAUGAUCUCGGCGUGCGCGCAAAAUGCAUGUGGGAAUGAGGCGCUCGCGCUGUUCAGGGAGUUCCUUGGUACGAGGCCGGCGUCGGGGUUGAGCCCGAACCACUUCAUGUUCUCGAGCGCCGUGAACGCAUGUGCGAGCGUGGGUCGGCUUGGAUUGGGGAGGUCGACGCAUGGCGCUGUUACUCGGUAUGGGCACGAUACAAACGAUGUGAUCGCCGGUGCAUUGAUUGACAUGUAUGCAAAAUGCGGGUUUAUUGAGUAUUCGAGGAAGGUGUUCAAUCGGAUUGGGAGCCCUUCUCUUGUACCAUUCACCGCCAUGAUCGUGGCAGCUGCCAAGUACGGUCUUGCGAGCUAUGCGUUCAAGCUGUUCGAUGAGAUGCAAGGCCACGGCUUAAGGCCAAAUAAUGUGACUCUCCUAGGCAUCCUCCAUGCAUGUAGCCACGCCGGACGUGUUGAUACCGGCCUCAAGUAUCUAAAAUCGAUGCAGAGAGAUUAUGGUAUUGAGCCGUGCGUGAAGCACUACACAUGCGCGGUCGACAUGCUCGGUCGCGCGGGCCGGCUAGAUGAAGCUUAUGGGCUCGCUAAAGAAGUUAAAGCUGAAGGCGGCGAUGCUUUGAUGCUUUGGAGCGCCUUGCUCUCGUCUAGCCGGACGCACGGGCGGGUCGACAUAGCUGACGAGGCUGGCAAGCGAAUUGCAGAGUUUGACCGGGACGUGGCUGGCGCAUUUGUGGUUAUGUCUAAUACAUAUGUUUCGGUGGGUCAGUUGGAGAAAGCGGCAGACGUGUGGUCCGAGUUGAGGCGGCGGGGAAUCAGAAAAGAGCCAGGGUGCAGUUGGGUCGAGAUAAAGGAUGUAGCAUACGUGUUUUACGCCGGCGAGAUCUCAUCGGCGGGGAACAGAGGAAGUGAAGUGAUGGAGUUGUUGGAGGAGUUAGAAGGGAGGAUGAGGGAGAGAGGGUAUAAGGGGAUGGUGGGGGUGCAUAGUGAGAAGUUGGCUCUAGGGUUUGGAUUGAUAAGCAUCCCCAAAGGGGUGACCAUCAGAGUAAUGAAGAACCUGAGGAUGUGUAGGGAUUGCCAUGAAGAGUUCAAGAUGAUUAGUGACAUUGUAGGGAGGGAGUUUGUGGUGAGGGACCUCAAUAGGUUCCAUCACUUUAAGUUUGGGUAUUGCACUUGUGGGGAUUAUUGGUGAUUCUUAACAUAACUCUCAUUUUAGAGAUUUGUAACUUGUACAAGAGAUUGAUGAUUCAUAAGGUGCAUAUGUAUUGUACAGUAUAUUAAAGGAGAAAAUUGUUACAUCAUAUUU